AUGAUAUUAUGCAGUAUUCAGAGAACACUGGGUAUCAGUGAUGAUAAUUCUGUUAUGAACGUAAUAAAAAAAUUUAUGAAACAUAAAUUAUUUGUCGAACAAUUAUUAGAAGCAGCAGACAAAAUCUAUGAAUUUGGUAACUUUGUAUCAUGGACAAAUAUUGGUCCUGCAUUUCAUGAGGCAUUUCGAUUAACCCUCGGACAAUCAACAAUAACCAAUAUAGUUAAAUUUCUGAUUUCGUUACUUGAUUUAUCAACAACGACAAAUAAAGAUGAAGGAUUAUUUAGUUUAAUAUCGUGUAUGUUGAAUGAACUUUUAUCAUUUGUUUUCAAACAAGCAGCUGUUAAUCCACCGACUACAUCUGAAUUAUGUUCGUUAUUAAAUUUACUUUUAAAAUGCGGCAAUGGAUAUCUAUCAUCAGUUAAACUAAUUACAUCGUCAAUUCUUGAAUCUCUUGAAUGUUCUCGUGCUAUCGAUGUCGUUGAACAGUUGCUACAACCAAUAUUAAUUCCAUUUCUUCUUAAACUUCAGUCUUAUCGAUCGAAUGAAAAUGCACAAAGUUGUUUCCUCACACUACAUGAGCAUUGUUUCAAUAUUUUAAAUCAAUAUUGUUUGGAACCACUGCCACCUAUCAUCUUUAAAGCACAAAGUAUCGACUGUGAUUGUAAUGACUGUCAGACAUUGAUUUUAUUUCUGUGUGAUUCAACAAAAUCAAAACAACAAUUCACCAUUGAUAAAGAUCGUGGUACACAUUUUCAUGAAACAAUUAAAAAAUUAGGCUCAUUAUCUUGCGUUUAUGAACAUUUGACGGAUGAUAGUGGACAAAAAUUAUUAGUGCUAAAAAUAUCCGAUUAUGAAAAGAAACAUCGAACAUGUUUACUGUUGCGUGAUGUUGUAUUAAACAUGAUUAAACAAAAAUCAUAUCAUUUACAGCGAGAACUCAGUGAAAAUUUCAAGUGUAGUUCACCUAAACGUUUCAAACAAGCUUAG